UGCGUCCCGCCCUCGCGCGCUCCUCCGCGCAGUGCCCGGCGCCCUGUUGCGUGCAGAGCCUUGCAGACCUCCACCUUCGCGGACUCGCUAGCAAAAUUGAAAAAUGGCUGAUCUCACCCAGCUACUGGAAAAUGAAGUAUUCAUGGCUUUUGCCUCCUAUACAGCGAUUAUCCUUUCAAAAAUGAUGCUUAUGAGUCCUGCAACUGCAUUCUAUAGACUAACGAGAAAGGCGUUUGCCAACCCAGAAGACUGUGAGGGCUUUGGCAAAGGAGAGAAUGCCAAGAAGUAUCUUCGAACAGAUGACAGUGUGGAACGUGUACGAAGAGCCCACCUGAAUGACCUUGAAAAUAUUGUUCCAUUUGUUGGAAUCGGGCUGCUAUAUUCCUUGAGUGGUCCAGACCUUUCUACUGCUCUCCUGCACUUCAGGCUCUUUGUUGGAGCACGGAUCUACCACACAAUUGCGUAUUUGACACCCCUUCCCCAACCAAAUAGAGCUUUGGCUUUUUUUGUUGGAUAUGGAGUUACUCUUUCAAUGGCCUACAGGUUGCUGAAGACUGGAUUUUACCUGUAAAGAAAAUCGAGUAUUUCCCAUGCAAUUGGUUUUUAAGAAUUCUAUACUUCCAGUAUAUAAUGAAUAUUUUCUGAGGCUGUAAGUGGGAAGGGAGCAGAGAAAGUAGGAAUGGGGAAAAACCCAUUUUAAAGAUUAGCACUGCUAAUAUCCUUUUAUUCUUGCUUCAUAUUUGCUGCAGACAUUCAACAAUCAUUCUUAAGUCUUUUGUGUGAUUCUUUUAAGUUCUGAUUGUUAUAAUUUUCAACAUUCAUCAACAUCUCAUAUUAUGAAUCUAUAAAAAAUUGAUUGUAUGUGUUCGAGGUCUGUAUUUCAAUACUGUGGAAAUAGUGAUAUGAAAUAAAGAAUUUAAUGAA